AUGGCGGAUUUUAUUGAGAAAUCAAGGGGUUUUGGGUUGCGUGAAUUCCAAGUCAGAAAGUAUACUGAGUCGAUUUUGAAAGGGAUUAAGUACAUCCACGACAGGGGUUUUGUGCAUUGUGAUCUCAAGCCUGAGAAUAUUCUGCUUGUGUCUGAUACCGCUGGUUCCUCUGGUGGUGCUCGUUUUGUGCCUAAAAUCGGAGACUUGGGGCUCAUAAAGAAGGCAAAUCAGAAGUGGGAGAAGCCUUCCUUUGGAGGCACACCAAUGUAUUUGUCUCCAGAAGCUGUGGUUUAUGGAAUUCAACAGCAGCCUUCUGAUAUUUGGGCGUUAGGUUGUGUUGUGCUGCAAAUGUUAACUGGGAGGCAUCCAUGGGAUUUCACACCUGGCGCCGUAUUUGAUGUUCGGGACUUGUUAACUGCCCUGCUUGCUUCAAGAAUUCCUGCCAUUCCUGGUUGGUUAUCAAAAGAGGCUAAAAUUUCUUGCAAUGUGACUAAACUGGAUAAUGGGGUUGGAGAGGUUAAACCAAUUAAGCAAGUGUCUUCAGCAGUGGCUUCCUCUGUUCCGGAUUGUCCUAGCUUCAUACCCCUUGGAAGUUGGAAGUAUGAAGAUGCAGAGGAAAUGGCUCAAGAAAAUGUUGGUUUUUCUGAGCAGGAGAUUCUUCCUCUGAAGCUCAUGUCAAGGCAUGUGGUUCCAAACCCAAAACCAUCAACUUUUGCUAUAAUGGGUGCAGCUUAG